UCUCGAGACCCAUAGUCGAGUGUGCAGUCAACAGCACAACCAGUCGGUUGGGUUUGGGUGUUUUGGCCGGGAGCUGGACCGAACUGAAGCGACGCCGCACUGGAAGUGCAUUACAUACACAUUGGAGCCACCACUGCUGCCACUCGAAAAUAGGUGCAAAACUUGUGCAAAGCCUUGACGAACGGCCUCAAAAGGCUGCCACACAGAAUCGCACUCUGAAUUGGUGGAUACAUUUCCGCAUAGCUUAAGAGGAAGAUGCUGCGGCAGAACACCAGCACCAGCAUGCUGGCCCUCAACACCAGCGAUGCUCUCAAUGGAAACAGUCCCAGCCAAGGGCAGUCCCUGGACAUGGAUGCGCUGCCCAAGCAAUUCGUGCUGUCCAUGAAGAAGCUCUUCGACAUACUGGACGACAAGCAGAGCGGCUACGUGAGGUAUGUGGACAUCGAAAAGGGUUGGCAGGACGAUGGGUCGAAGGGACUGCCGCGCGGGGUCCUGGACUCUCUGCGCCGGGUCACACCCAGCUGUGGACUUCUCUCCUUCGAACGUUUCUGUGCUGGCCUGAAGCUAUGCCUGUUGCGCAAUCAGCAACAGAUGAGCGAAGCAAAGAUUCGGCCUCGAUCACAGCCCCAAAGCCUGGGCGCUGAUCUGGAGUACGGAUCGCCAGCACCACCGCCCAAGCCUCCGCGUCAGGCAGCAACCGUGGCCAUGUCUUCUCCGGCUUUGGGCAAGGCGGACAUUCGCCACGCCCUCCAGAAUUGGCAGCUGAAUCUUAUGCACAGCGAGCGGGAUGCGAAUGCGGGUACAGUCAAGCAUAAGUCGCUAACGCUAAAGACCGCCCGCGAACAAUUCGAGCAUCGCGGAUCCGCGGAUGGUGGAUCAUCCUCCACCUCGGCCUCGGCCACCGACUGGAACCUGGCCCUGCCACCGAAGAAGUCGAGCAGCAAGCGGCGCGAGUCCCGCAGACACACGCUCCAGCACGGCAUCGACUACAAUAUGCUGAAGCGGCUCAAGCAGCUGGAGGAGCAGCGGGAGCUGCUGCUGUUUGGCCUGGACGGGGUGGAGAAGGCGCGGGACUGGUACAUGCAGCAGGUGCUCAACGUGCAGGAGCAGAUCAAGUAUUUCGGACGACUCGGCACCAGAUUCGAUCAAUGGUCGGAGCUGCAGCAAGAGCGCCUCAACUUCCAGCGGGCACGCGUUCUGGAGGCGAAUCGCAGCCUGGCCAUUCUGGCCGACACAUGGGAGCAUGGCGGCUAUCCGCUGCACAUCAAUCUAGCAAUGCCGUCCAAGCUCUCCGAUCUGCUAGAACGCGGCAAUCUCUACGAUCAGCAGCAGCAGCAUCCACACCAGCUCCAGCAGCUCCAAAAUAUGCGUGCCAUGUCCAAUUUCGUCCUCAGCCAGCCCUCCCCCGAGAGCCAGUCUUCUGCGGGCCUGGGCGACGCCGAUGUGGUCUACUAGGGAAGAACUAGAAUAAUAAUGGGAAUAAGUCUUCGACUACUUUGUAAAUAGUGUAUGUAUUAUUAAAUGGCUCAACAGUCGGAUCUACUCUAGACGGGAUUGGGGAAGCGACGCAUGUACUUGUUCAGUUGCUUAUAGUUAAGGUUGUUGCCCGGCUGCACGACUCCUUGGUUGACGGUUUUCUUGGCCUCGAACUUGCGGUCCAUGUAGCACUUGAAGCAGUUCUGGAACUGCUGUAUCUCUUUGUGGCAGUACUUUUCCACGAACUCGUUGUCCUUCAUGCAG